AUGGCGGUAAAUAGGAUCAAAGGGGCCUUCGCGGUACCCAAGAAAGGCGAAACCUUCGAGUUGAGAGCUGGCCUGGUCUCGCAAUAUGCCUACGAGCGUAAGGAGGCUAUUCAGAAGACCAUUAUGUCCAUGACAUUGGGCAAAGACGUGUCUGCGCUAUUCCCCGAUGUAUUAAAGAAUAUCGCAACGGCGGAUCUAGAUCAGAAGAAACUGGUGUACUUGUACCUGAUGAACUAUGCCAAAUCGCAUCCAGAUCUUUGUAUUCUGGCGGUCAACACAUUCGUUCAAGAUUCCGAAGAUCCAAAUCCUCUAGUGAGAGCGCUGGCCAUCCGGACAAUGGGUUGUAUUAGAGUGGAUAAAAUGGUAGACUACAUGGAGGAGCCACUACGUAAAACAUUACGAGACGAAUCUCCCUACGUACGGAAAACAGCUGCGAUAUGUGUUGCGAAACUCUUCGACCUGAACCCUACGAUGUGUUUGGAGAAUGGCUUUCUGGAGACUCUGCAAGAAAUGAUUGGAGAUCCAAAUCCUAUGGUGGUUGCCAACUCUGUCACGGCGCUGGUGGAGAUCAACGAAGCAGCUCCAGAGACGAAGGCAUUACGAAUAACUCCUGCUACACUCAAGAAGAUGCUGAUGGCGCUGAAUGAGUGUACAGAAUGGGGAAGAGUGACCAUUCUCACAACUUUGGCCGACUACAAGGCACAGGAUGUAAAGGAAUCUGAGCAUAUCUGCGAGAGAGUUUCACCCCAGUUCCAGCAUGUGAACCCCAGUGUGGUACUAGCUGCUGUGAAAGUGGUCUUUUUGCACAUGCGAAAUGUCAGCCAAGAAUUAAACAAGCAAUAUUUGAAGAAAAUGGCUCCCCCACUAGUUACCCUUGUGGCAUCAGCUCCAGAGGUUCAAUAUGUUGCCCUAAGAAAUAUCGACUUGCUCCUCCAGGCCAAACCAGAUAUCCUCAGCAAAGAGCUCCGAGUUUUCUUUUGCAAAUACAACGAUCCACCAUAUGUCAAGCUCCAGAAAUUGGAGAUCAUGGUACGAAUAGCCAAUGACAAAAAUGUCGAUCAGCUCUUGGCAGAAUUGAAGGAGUAUGCUUUGGAAGUAGACAUGGACUUCGUCCGAAGGGCAGUGAAGGCUAUCGGUCAGGUUGCCAUCAAAAUCGAGAGCGCCAGUGAGAAAUGUGUCAACACCCUCCUUGAUCUCAUUGCCACCAAGGUCAAUUACGUUGUUCAGGAAGCUAUUGUGGUCAUCAAGGACAUCUUCCGGAAAUACCCCGGCUACGAAGGUAUCAUUCCCACGCUUUGCAAGUACAUUGAUGAACUUGAUGAGCCAAACGCCAGAGGUGCGCUUAUCUGGAUCGUUGGAGAGUAUGCGGAGAAGAUUAGCAAUGCUGAUGACAUCUUGGCUGGAUUUGUUGAGGGCUUCAUGGAAGAAUUUACCCAGACUCAGUUACAGAUCUUGACGGCCGUCGUCAAGCUAUUUCUGAAGAAGCCUGAUAAUAACCAAAGCCUGGUUCAGAAAGUUCUCCAAGCAGCCACGGCCGAGAAUGAUAACCCCGAUAUUAGAGACAGGGCAUAUGUGUACUGGCGUCUGCUUUCUGGUGACCUACAAGUUGCAAAGAACAUCAUCCUUUCCGACAAACCUCCUAUCACCACAACUAUGUCUUCUCUACCUCCCGCACUUCUAGAACAACUCCUCACUGAGCUUUCGACCCUCGCAUCAGUCUAUCACAAACCACCCGAGACUUUCGUCGGCCAUGGCCGUUAUGGUGCUGACGCCAUCCAGCAUGCCGCUAUUCAAGAACAGCGCCAAGAGGCCGCCGACAAUCCUAUUGCAGCUGCAGCCAUCGCCGCUCAGAAUGGUACUCAGAACAACGCUGAGAAUCUCCUCGAUAUUGACUUUGACGGUGCAGCCCCAGCAUCAGCUGACUUGCCUCCAAGUGGUGGAGCAUCUGGCCUGGAGGGAUUGGCUGGCACACCUCAGAGAGUUGCCAGUCCAGCAGCCGGACCACGACCUGGUGCGAGCAACAUGGAUGACAUGAUGGGUCUCUUCGAUAUGAACGGAAGCAGCUCUGGCGCUCCAGCAUCAGGUCAAAAUGACAUGAUGAAUGGCUUUGCAGGUUUAGAUCUCGGUGGAUCUCAGCCUCCUCUGCCGCAGACGCAAAUGCAAGGUGACUUGUCGAAAAAGACAAAUGAGGAUUUACUGGGCAUGUUUUAG